UAGUGAAUUCCAAUCUUGUAGAAGAGUCUGGAUAUUGUUCUUCUGAUGACUUUGAAGAGAUAUUCAUUGAAAGAAACAAAGGGAAAAGCAAGAGCUAUCCUUCAAUGCUUCGAGUACCAAAGAGGGUUUGUGAGAAUGAUGCAAAAACUACUGUCCCCCUUUUUCGGAAACCAGCUAAGAGAAAAUUGGACAAACAUGGUGACCUAGUGAGUAAUAAGAGAGUGAAGAAAGCAAAGACACCAGAAAAGGGCAAUACUGAGUGCAGUCUUCAAGAGAGGAACCAAGCCAGUUGUAUGAACCUGGAACCUCUUGAUGAUGACCACUUGCUCUACUGUGUAGAAUGCAACAAGGAGUUUGAAGGGGACUGCCUUGUCCAUGGACCCUACAACUACAUACAGGACAAAGAGGUGCCAGAAGAGGACCCCCAUAGAGCAGACCAUACCCUGCCAGAUGACCUUGAAAUAAAAACCUCAACAAUAGUUGGAGCUGGUCUUGGAGUAUUUACAAAAGUUGGACUUGAGAACAGGAUCAUGUUUGGACCGUAUGAGGGCGAUAUCAUCACUGACAACAAUAAGUCAGGAUAUUGCUGGCAGAUCUAUAAGGAGGGCAAAGCGAGCCACUUUGUGGAUGCCCAGGACAAGUCCACCUCUAACUGGAUGAGAUACGUGAACUGUGCAAUGACGGAGGCAGAUCAGAACCUGGUAGCAUUUCAGUACAAAGGAGGCAUCUAUUACUGCACAUUAAAACCAGUUUCAUCAGGGGAAGAACUGCUAGUUUGGUUUGGAGAUGAAUGCGCCAGAAAAGAUAGCUUCAUCAGAGACAAGAAUGUGCAUUUCAACCCUAAAUAUGUAAAUGGAGAAGAAAUUUUCCAAUGUGUGUACUGCAAGAUAGCAUUCACAACUGCAGUCCCUUUUGUUCGUCAUUUGAGGAGAGUGCAUGGUGGUGAUAAACUUACAUCCAAAGAUCUGCAAGUUCUGGAUCAGUGGCUUAGAGAAAAUGAUCAUCAAUAUCUGAAAGCGUAUUCAAAACAGAUAAAUCCUUCAUCCAAUGAAAGCCAUCUCAACAAUAUUUCAAAUGUUACACAUAAUAAAAGAGACAUUUCACAAAGUUUCUGUGAUGAGCAAUUGACAAGUAUAAUAUUACAGAAGAAUAACAAUUCUGAUGUGUGUAAUUAUCCUGUUAAUAUCAGUAAUGGCAUAAAAACAAACAAGAGGAUAACUACAGAAAAAAGACUGUACAAGUGUGAGGUGUGUGGUUAUGCAUGUAACAACAAGUAUAACUUGAAGAGACACAUGAGGAUACAUACAGGACAGAGAGUGUACAAGUGUGAGGUGUGUGGUUAUGCAUGUGUCCAAAAGGGUAACUUGAAGAGACACAUGAGGAUACAUACAGGAGAAAAACUGUACAAGUGUGGGGUGUGUGGACAUUCAUUUACCCAGAGUAGUGCCUUGAAGACACACAUGAUGAUACAUACAGGAGAGAAACUGUACAAGUGUGAGGUGUGUGGUUAUGCAUGUUACCAGAAGGGUCACUUGAAGACACACAUGCGGAAACAUACAGGAGAGAGGGAGAACAAGUGUGAGGUGUGUGGUUAUGCUUGUAGCCUGAGUGGUCACUUGAAGACACACAUGCGGAUACAUACAGGUGAGAGAGUGUACAAGUGUGGUGUGUGUAGUUAUGCAUCUAACGAGAGCGAUACCUUGGAGACGCACAUGAGGAUACAUACAGGAGAGAGGCCGUUCAAGUGUGAGGUGUGUGGUUAUGCAUGUAACGAGCGUGGUACCUUAAAGACACACAUGAGGCGACAUACAGGAGAGAGGCAGUACAAGUGUGAGGUGUGUGGUUAUGCAUGUUACAAGAGUGUUCAUUUGAAGACCCACAUGAGGAUACAUACAGGAGAAAAACCAUACAAGUGUGAGAUGUGUGGUUAUGCAUUUAAGCAGAAGGGUCACUUGAAGAAACACAUCAUGAUACAUACAGGAGAAAAACUGUACAAGUGUGAGGUGUGUGGACGUUCAUUUUCCCAGAGUAGUACCUUGAAGACACACAUGACGAUACAUACAGGAGAGAAAUUGUACAAGUGUGAGGUGUGUGGUAAUGCAUUUUCCCAGAGUAGUACCUUGAAGAAACACAUGACGAUACAUACAGGAGAGAAAAUGUACAGGAUACAUACAGGAGAGAGGGAGUACAAGUGUGAGUUGUGUGGUAAUGCAUUUUCACAGAAAGGUUCCUUGAAGAGACACAUGAGCAUACAUUCAGGAGAGAGGGAUUACAAGUGUGAGGUGUGUGGUAAUGCUUUUAACCAGAGUGCUCACUUGAAGAGACACAUGAAGAAACAUACAGGAGUGGGAGUAUAAGUGAGAGGUGUGUGGUAAUUCUUAUUAACAAAGAAUGGUCACUUGAAGAGACACAUGAGGAAACAUACAAGAGUGGGAGUAUAAGUGUUAGGUGUGUGGUAAUGCAUUUAACCAGAGUGUUCACUUGAAGAGACACAUGCAGAUACAUACAGGAGUGGGAGUAUAAAUGUGAGGUGUGUGGUAAUGCAUUUAAAUAGAGUGUUCACUUGAAGCGACACAUGCAGAUACAUACAGGAGUGGGAGUAUAAGUGUGAGGUGUGUGGUAAUGCAUUUAACCAGAGUGAUCACUUGAAGAGACACAUGCCAAUACAUACAGGAGUGGGAGUAUACGUGUGAGGUGUGUGGUAAUGCAUUUAACCAGAGUGUUCACUUGAAGAGACACAUGCAGAUACAUACAGGAGUGGGAGUAUAAGUGUGAGGUGUGUGGUAACGCAUUAAACCAGAGUGUUCACUUGAAGCGACACAUGCGGAUACAUACAGGAGUGGGAGUAUACGUGUGAGGUGUGUGAUUAUGCAUUUAACCAGAGUGUUCACUUGAAGAGACACAUGCAGAUACAUACAGGAGUGGGAGUAUAAGUGUGAGGUGUGUGGUAAUGCAUUUAACCAGAGUGUUCACUUGAAGAGACACAUGCAGAUACAUACAGGAGUGGGAGUAUAAGUGUGAGAUGUGUGGUAAUGCACUUAACCAGAGUGUUCACUUGAAGCGACACAUGCGGAUACAUACAAGAGUGGGAGUAUAAGUGUGAGGUGUGUGGUAAUGCAUUUAACCAGAGUGUUCACUUAGAGAGACACGUGCAGAUACAUUCAGGAGUGGGAGUUUAAGUGUGAGGUGUGUGGUAAUGCAUUAAACCAGAGUGUUCACAGUCACUUGAAGCGACACAUGAGGAUACAUUUAGGAGAAAGGCUGUUCAAGUGUAUGGUGUGUGUUAUGCACCUAGGAUUGUCACUGAAAGAGACACUUGCAUAUACAACCAGGAGAUCGAUUGAUCUCAAAAUAAUUACUGCAUGUCAUAAAUAAGUUUAUGUUAAAUAACUAAAAUGUUAUUACUAAGGUGUGUAAAUUUCACUUUGCUAAAUAUUGUGACACAUCUAUUUUUAGAGCAUAGUGUAUUUUUUGACGUUUCUUCAGACACAACAAAGUAGAAUAAAUAGUUUUGUAUGCAACAUUGAAAUCAUGCAUGGUAGAAAAUUGACAUAUAAAAUUAUUCUUUAGGUAAUAAUCAGCAAGAAAAUUUAGUUGCGUAGUGCUUUAGUAUAGUGAUUUAUUAAGUACAAUUUUAUUUUAUGCAAUUAUGCAAGAUUAUACUUGUUAUUUAAUACCUUAAAGAUUAGUUAAGGUUUUUGAACUUUUUCCAAAAGUAAUAUAAACUCAACUCAAUGCUUUGAAAGAGCAGUUUAAAGUGAUAUUAUGGGCAUUUUUCACUGUUGAAUUGAGCUGAAAAGAAUUAACAGAUUCAAAGAGUUCGUUAAAAUGUGGUUACUGACCAAUUAUCUGCAACUCAUCUUGCUACCAGUUGUUUAUUAAAAAUAUAUAUUUUUAAUUUUCUAUAUUUUACAUGACUUGCCCAGUCUUCUAAGCCGAAAUGAUCCGUAAAACAAGUGUGUCUUUGUGUCCGCGUAUGAACGAAUCUGCACUAAAACUAAAUUUAUGUUCACAUCGUACAUGCAUGAUCAGUUGUCAAACGAAAGUACGGUUGAUAUUCAAAUCCAUUAUUUUUCUCUUUCCGGGAUAUUGUUUUAGUACAUGUAUGUUCAUGCUGCAUUAACAAAUAUAAGUGUUGUAUUUGAUUAUGAAGUGAAAACACCAAAAAUAAACAAAGGUUGUGAUAGACACUUAUAAACUGUUACAUGCCCAUAAUAUCACUGUAAAAUUCUACACACGUUUGAAUUCUGUCAGAACAAAAUGCCUAAAAAAUGAAAUGUCUGACUAACUUUUGGUUUGUUGUCAGAAAUAAUGCCUAAAAAAAGAGAACUUGAGAAAUACAAUAAACUUGUGUUAGUACUUGCCAGCAUGAACUGGUACUGUGAACAAGCAAGCAGCAGCUCACUGACAAGUGUCACACUAUCAUGCAAUUAGAUAAUGACUUUAUUAUGUGUCUGAUAUGCACUUUGGAGGUUAGGAAGCGUUUGUAUCCUGAUAUUGUAUAUAAGGAACAUUUCUUUUGGUUUUUAAUAGUUUAAUAUUGCAUUAUAGUCAUUCACCUGUAUGCAUGGUUAUAAACUUACAUUUUGGCCAUGGUUGACCAGCCUCCUUUUGCCAAUACCUCUUUAACAGAGGACAUUAUUAGCUUUCUCAGAAAAUAUUUGGGAUCACCACCUAUAUAUUUCUUUUUAUUUCCAUGUCUGUUCUGAGGUGGUUUAACAUUCUAAGCAUUCUGACAAAGCCCUUCUUCAUAGCAAUAGGUCUUUUACACAGACUGUGUCUGAGACUGUGAAUGAAAAUAACAGAAAACAAUAUGCAAUUUGGCCAGUAUACAAUAAAACAAUAUUAAUUUAUACUUGUCUUGUAAAAUAACUUAAAAAUUUCGGAAACAACAAGGGCCAGAGUUGAUAUAUUUGUCAUGGCACAUGUGUUGUGGUCUGCUACUAAGUUUUGUUAGGAUUAAAACUUGCCCCAUUAAUGAAAGUUCAGUAGUUGGUAUGUAAUAUCAAAUUGUGGUUCUGUGCCAAGUUUGUUCAAUACAUGUUAGUUGGGUAAAAAUUCCCCCCUCCCUCUUGGUGUAACCUGUUUUUUUCUUUAUAUGUAAACAUUGAAAACUUUAAAAGUCUCUCAAACCGUAAGGGACAGACGUUUGGUAUUUGGCAUGAAACAUAUUUGCACAAAUCGUUCCCCUUUGGUAAAAUUGUGCUCUGCUCUUUGGUUACUUGUUUCCUGUAUGUAGUAAUACUGAAAACUAUUAUUAUUCUCUUAAAGGGCAAGGCAUUAGGAUUUGGUACUUUGCCAGCUACAUUGUUUGUUGGUCCUCUACCAAGUUUUUUCUAGUCAUACCCAUGUAGUGGACAUGGAAUUGCAUUGGGAUUAACAUGUUUGAAUUAAAAUGGUUGUGGUCUGUUGAAUAAAAUGGCCACCAGGAUGUUCACGUUUCUAAAGUUAAAAAUCGCGAAAUCUGUAGGAUAGUUUAAAUACAAUAGUAAUUCAAAUAUUGUGUAUGAUGUUUUUUUUGUAAAUGAGCAUUCUAGAUUUACACAUAUGGAGGUCCAGUUUAUGCAUGUAUACAACAUGGACAUUAUUGGCAUGUGAAUUUACUCAAUGAUGAUUAUUUACAUGUAUAAGUCUUUUGGUAGCAACAGCCCACUGUUUGUUCUUUUGUACACCCUGGUAACAUACUUCUUGUGAUUGAUUAUAUGGCGUAUU